GGACGGGCUGGCGGGCAGUAGUGAGGUGGAGAAGCUGUGAGAAUGAGCCGGUCUGUGAGGUAGUUUAAGGCGUGUUUUUAGGGUUUAGAAUAAUUCGUUUCUAGCGUUUUAUCUUUUAUACACCUCAGACAGACUGAAAUAAGAGUUUAGAUUAACGUGUUUUUAUCGCUUUUCCGCUAAAGCUAAGUGGUUAAUAAUCAGCGUUAGCGACAGUUCCUGGAUCAGUGAUCUGCGGGGCUGCAGUGAGGCGCUGGUAACGCGGGUUAGCUAACGCUGAGUUUCUGAACUUUACCGCUGUCAGAGCGCUGACCCGGCGCCGUUUACUGGAUGUUAACCCCGCUGUGGAUGUUUAUGGAGUCCUUUAUUGGUGUUUUUUGAUGUGGCACAGCUUGAAAAUCGGAUUUUUCCCCGUUUCAAAUGACGUGGACGAGCACCAUGAGCAGUGGUUACAGUAGUUUGGAAGAAGAUUCCGAGGAGUACUUUUUCACAGCCAGAACCUCCUUUUUCAAGAAACCUGCAGGAAAACUCACAGAGAAAAAGGAUGUGGAGAAGGAGAGAGAACUGCGCACUCAUCUCAGUUACGAGGAGAUCAGGCAGAAGGUCGAGCUGUACAACUCUGCCAGUCGAGAUCACCUCAAAAUGACACUGAAUGCUGAUGGCCUCUACACGGGCUUCAUAAAGGUGCAGCUGGAGCUGCGACGGCCCAUCACUGUGACAGGUGGAGGAGGUGGAGGCCAGGAAGCGUUUUAUUUGCCGCGCGGCUGUGUCAACACUCUGCACAUCAGCAGCUCCAACACUGUCCGGCAGGUGAUUGAGGCUUUGCUGCGCAAGUUCACCGUGGCUGACAACCCGGCCAAGUUCGCCCUCUACAAACGCUCCCGCCGUGAAGACCAUGUGUGUAUCUGUAAGCUGGCAGAAGGAGAGCACCCUCUGCUCCUGCGUCUGCUGGCCGGGCCCAGCACUGACACGCUCAGCUUCGUACUGAGAGAGCAGCAGACUGGGGAAGUCAUGUGGGACGCAUUCUCCAUCCCCGAGCUGCACAACUUCCUGCGCAUCCUGGAUAAAGAGGAGCAGGAUCAGGUCCAUGUGAUAACCACCCGCUACAACAUCUACAGAGAGAAGCUGGAGGCGGCGAUUCGAGCAGUCAGCAGCCCUGAUUAACACCAUCCUCUAACAGAGAGAGAGAAAACUCGUUUUGCUUUAGAGGACUGCAGGAAUACUCCUCCCUCUAGAGACGCACACACACACACACACACACGCAUUCAACAGCGGACUCCAGAAAGAGGCAGCAGAUCUCUCUCAAAAACUCUCUCAAAAAGACCUCCAGAGAGCACACAGGACUCUCACUUACACGCUUUUCCAGGAUGCACCCUUAGUGCCAAGAUCCCAACUCUGCGCUUUUGCGCUUUUUUUUUCUCACAGAUAUGUUUGUUUUCACAGAUUGAUCUGUGGUUUAUUGUAGUAUAUAUUUUAUUUUUUCAGUCUAGUUACCUCUUGAACUUGUGAAUGAUGCAAGCUUGAGAAUCUUAUCUGUUUUUUUUUUUGUUUAAUUUUAUUUAAUUGGUGGAAACUAUGGUUUGUACAUAUUUUUGUUCAUUGUUUUUAAUUUAUGUGGGUGAAGCUUCUUUUGUUCUUUUAGUUUUUUAUUUUUAUGAAUCUUUAUUUGAGAGAUUAAGAGUCUUAUUUUAUUUUGUUAAAGGCAUAGCGACAGCCCAAAUUGAUGGCCGGAUGAAUGGAGAUGCAAUGUACCAAAGAGAAAAACAAGAGCUGGCCUUUGAUGUGCAGUCGGCAAGGCUGGCCCAGAUCUUGUUGGAGGGAAAAGAGCUUUAGCUGUUGGUCUGAGACCAAGUUGGACGUGGUUAAGUGAGUGGUCUAAUGUCUGUUUAGGCGUAGAGAAGUUGUAGAUCUGGUUCUAGAGCUGGAACUAAGAGCUACAGAACUGAAGCUCCAAGUUAUGCCCAAUUCAGAGGAACAUACAGAGGACUAAACUGAAUAUUUUCCAUUUUAAGUACCAGUAAAGCUCUUAACGGAAAUUGCGACAUGUAGAAAAGUGAUAGAGAAGGAAGACGGGAUAUGGAUAUGAAUGUAAUGUGUAGGUGAAAGCCCAGUCAGAAGCAUGAGAACAUGCCUGAGGCGACUAUUAAAUGCAAAGCUUGGCAAUAGCUUUUGCUUUAAGAGAGAAGGAUCAGAAGUAUGUUGAUCAGACUUUAACUCUGGAGCUUUUUUGAGAAGCUUUCAGAACAGAGAAAGCGAAAGAGAGAGAGAACAAUAAAGUAGGGAACAUGGGGAACAUUGUCACUGGAGCAGAAAUGAUUGCAGGAAGUUGACAUGUUGGUAUUGAGGAAGUCUGAAACCCAUUUAGAGGAAAUGUCUCACACACAAGCUGUGUUGGAGCUGACCACUGCUAUCUCCAGGCCUGCACUCGUCUUUGUUAGCUGCAGGCGUCCGUUUAAAACUAAUGACAGACUGCUUCCACUGCGGGUCGUUAAGUUAAAUAUCCUCUUGUGAUCGGAGCCUUUAGCAGAGAUAAGCAUUUGAAACAAAGCCAGCACUGUUGUUGGCCACUGGCUUCAGGGAGGGACUUAAUUAGUGGAGCUCUAAAGAAUAAAAGACACUACAGAGAGAAAGAGAAAAUGGACUUUAAGUUGUUUGGUGGAGGAUCUAUGACUGUGGAAAGGUAUAGGCUGAGGAAGUGGGGAUGAAAGUUUGGGCAGUUUGGCUUACAUUUCAUAAGCAGCUGUCUGUUCAGAGCUGUCUGUUCAGAGCUGUCUGUUCAGUACUGUACAUGUGUGCUGGCUGUCUAAACUGUAUCUGGUAUUAUACAUUAUAUAUACCACAUUUGAGGGACUUCACAAAGCAGUAUUUCUCAGUUAGAGAGAUAUUUGGGGCCAAAAGUUGUAUUAAUUUGUAUGUUUGUUAAUUUUAAGCUUAUGGUUGUCUACCACUAAAAACAAAAAAUGUGCUUAAAAAUAAAUCAGCCCAUUAGCUUUUAUUAAAAAUGUAUUAGUAGUAGGGGUUGGUGAUAUCAUAAAAAUAAAUUGUUUGGCAUUUCUUUUUUAUGAUACAUGCUGAUUCUUAAAAACUGCUCUUCAAAUACUUGGCCUGUUAGUAUAGCUACUUUAGUUUGGACAAUAUAUAAUCCCAGAAAUAAUUGCGAUAAUUGAUAUUCUUGUCACUUUAUGGCCAUUUCAUUCCACAUUAGAAUGAUAAUGUAAUAGCAUACUACAUUUUUAAACAGCAAUGACACGUACAUUGUUGAGAAUUUUCUGGAAUAAAUGUCUAAUGAGUAAAACAUAUGUCCAAUAAAAGCACUGAUUUUAAACAGUGAACAUACCAGAUCAAUCACAUUAGAUUUUACUCGGUUUUGCUUACAAAAAAAAAAAAUAGACAACAUUGAGGUUAGAAAAAAUCAAUAUAGUCAUGUCCAUAUAUUGUACGAUAAAUCGCGGACAUAAAUUAUCGUGACAGGCCUAUUACCCACCUUUAGUUAUUAGUUACAGUAUUUCUGUUACUUUUUAAGCUAAUUUAAAAGAUUCACAGAUUGACAACUAUAUCAAAUCUGGGUCCAGACAGUACUAAUCUCCCCCAAGACCUGAACUUGACAAAUCUGUAGAUACAGCUUAAUGAAUUAAUGAAUGCUGGACAACUACUACUUCUACUUCAACCUCUUAAACUUCUCAACACCACUUGCUUUUUCUGGCUUUUUCUCAUUGUUAAAACUUAAGAGCAUCUCAGACAUUUUGUUCUGCAUUUCUUUGCAUUCACGAGUAAUCUGAUUAGUGAUCUCCAGGGUGUGAUAACAGUCUAGGAGCGUAAAGGGUUGAGUUAACCAUCUGAUCUGAGAAAUCCUGCUUUGAAGAAGUGACCGCUUUGAAAUGAUGUGAGCACAGACAUCCAGAAUGUUCACCAAUACCUUUCUUUCUUAAUCUGAACAGACAGAUCUUAUGAUAUAUAUAUAUAUAUAUAUACCCGUAUCUCGCAUAUGUGGAGCUCCAAACACAACACCUUGUUUCUAAUGCUGUUAAACAUGGUGUAGUUUGUCUAUGCAGAAUUUAGCAGUGUCUUGUAAGCGGAUGCACUGUCGCUGAGCUAUCGUCCUGUGCUGUCGUGUUAAGGUUAACAUUUACACCAUGUUAAAUACGUUUGUUUAAUGAUACUUGUGUAUCAGUGGUUGAUUGUGUUUUAUUUUAUUUUGGUUUAUAUGUAUGCAUAUUUUAUCAUUUCAUGUUUUUGCUAGUACUGCAUGAUGGUUUUCUGAUGGGUACUGCAUAAUGUUGUUUUUUGGCGAUUGAAGCAGAUUUGUGUGUGACGGGGAGACACCUGUUGUUAUCUGCUGUAAUAGCGCCUUUACAUCGUUACUUUGUUACUUUUGAGUCCUGAAGCUCAUUUUUGGUCUUUUUUGUGUCUUUUAUAACCAAAGAUUUAAUUAAAAAGUUUAUAAUUUAAUUUGAAAUUUAGUAAGUUUAGGAAGUAGAAGUUUGCCUGGUGCAAUCAGCUUAUACACCUCACUUGGGUUAAACGAUGUCUAUAACCUGUUAGAAAUCUAGAAACUUCACUAGGGCAACAUUUACUUGUGAACACUGGGUUGAGUAUGAUUUAGAAUUGGUUGUUUUAUCGAUAAGCCAUUUAUAUAUAUGACAGUCCCUUUAAACGCUCUGUUACUCCAGUAUUAUUAGCUUAUGACUGAGGGGUCACACAGGGCAGUAGUUUUAGACAUGAGAAUUUAGAUAAGAGUUGAAAAGCAUUUUGGGCACUUUACACAUUGUAAUUCAGGGAAUAUCUUUUUUUCUUUAUUUUUGUCUCUUAAAUAUUAUCUUUCUUUAUUCUAUAACAGUAAAUAUAUAUUUUAUUUAGUAAAAUAAAUCUUAGGCAUGUUCUGAGGAUUUAAGAGGAUUUUAUCCUAAACUUGAUUUUUUUUUUAAGAGCAAAAAAAGCUUCCAUAGCCCAUUUGUUUUAAAAGCAAGACUGUGAAUGUUCCAACUGCAUCACGUUUUAUUAGCCUGUUAUUCAAGUCUCCUUUAAAGGCUAUGGCUAUGUUUGUGUGAGUACUACUACUAAAGGAAGUUCUUUACUUAACGUGAUUUCUUACGUAAAUGCAUGCAUUAUAUUAAUCCAUGCAUAUUCCUCUUGGCUGUGAAGGACGUCACUGGCCAGUGCUGUUAAAAUGAUUUAUAUGAUUUUGUGUUUUAGCAGCACACGACUGAUCUUUAUCUUUAUCAUUAACCUACAUACUCUUAAGUUGCCAAAAAAAAAGAAUAUUCUUUUUAAACAGUAAGCAGAUCUCAGCAGAGCUUCAUUCUGUGUUUACAGGGUUUCCCCCUCAUACAGACUGUGCUAGAACAUGACAGAUAACAUGCCCAUGUGAUGGACCAUAAGGGUUAACUGGGAUACUGGCGUCUACUUGCCAAUUACUGAUUAACUUUAUGCGUCGUCAGGGCUCUAAAUCCAGAAAUCUGGACUAUUUAUCGUUUCACAUUUGUCAUUUCAGGAUUUCAUUCAGUCUAAAAUCUUACAUCUGAUUAAAUCUGGCCUGUGGCCUGCACUCGUCUGUCCAUGACCCUGGGUGUGCUGGGAGCUUUGCAGAGAUGAUGUUUUGCUGGAUUGCUCAGAAGGGUCAGUACUGUGAAGUGGACAGUUUUUUUAUUAUUAUAAAGAACAGAAAAGUACACUGUCCCCUCAUGCAGCAAGUCUCAUAGACACUGUGCUCUUUGUGUCUGUGUUAUGUUGUCUUAUGCAGGUUAAUUGUUGUCAGGAACUGUUUCAGCAUUAAAUUGUUACCAUUCGAGGCCUUUCUGGUGAAAGAUUUGGUUUCAUUGAAUAAAGUUGAAAUUGUUUCUCAA